CGCCUUUUCCGCGCCGUGCUGGCAACCACUGGAGCCAUGGUGCAUGCUCCCGCUGUUCCUGAAAUAUACGAAGAGGAGCUUCACUCUGCCGUCGACGCACGAUCGGAAUCACUCCAGGCAUUGCGCGAAUUAGGUCCUCCAGAUCUGGUCCAUAUCAUAAAACAACCUGUCAAGUCGACGUCAAAGCAGAUUGGUGUAUACCAUCAUGUUUCCGGAAUCGAUGCAUCGUCAUCGGCAAGCUUGGCCGCCUACAUAAACACCCUGACACAUUCUCCACACGACAAACAGAAUAAGGUGGUCUCUGGUCUCUACUGCUGUUACAAUGCCUUCUCGCGGCUAGAUAUGCGCGUGCAGGUCUACAUACCUGGUACUGUGGAAAGCUACUGCAUCGACGAGCGAGGAGACAAACGUAUCGCGACCGACGAGCUAUGGUUGGAAACAUACCUGUGCAGUGUACUACGUGCAUACUCGUAUGCUGAUGAUGGGUCUGGAGACACGAUAAAGAAGAUUGUUGGGGUCCGGCGAUUCAAUCCUGUUACAAGCACCGAAAGUGAACACAAGUUUCUUGACGCAGCAGAGCGCCUAUUCUUCAAUGGUUGGCAAUUGGGAUCUGAUCCGGAGAUCCAAGUCCCCAACCUUGUUUCCAAUCACCUCACUACUGGCUUGCUCGAUUACAUUCAUACCACAGGAAGGUAUGCUUCCGGUAUCAAUCUGUUCGAAAAACUGCGGACGCGGGAUCCAGAAAUUUCUUCCUUGUUAGCUCGAGUAUACAUUGAAGCAGACGAGGAGGUCAAGGCCGUGCAGCUAUUACAUGACGCUAUCCAGGAACUGCCGAUGGACUAUUCGUUGCUUGAUUGCCAAGCUGACUUCUGCAACAAGAAGGGACGAGCCGACCUCGCCUUGGAUAUUGCCAGGAGAAGCGUGGUGUCGGCGCCGAGUGAAUUUGGUACAUGGGCAAGGCUAGCGGAGGUCUAUGUCAGCCAAGAACAAUGGGAUCUUGCGCUUUUGACCCUCAAUUCUUGUCCCAUGUUCACAUACCAGGACAAGGAUGCGCCACGAAUGCCAGAUCCGCAACGCGUGUUCCUCCCUAUCAUGCAAGAAGCCAUAUGCGAUGAGAUCGAAGAUAACAACCUCGAUGAUAUGGAGAUGGUACAUCCCACACUGCGAAAACUACAUGCUGCUGGAUUCAAAGGCACCUUUCUUAAAGCAUACAUGCUUUUGACUGAAAUCACUAAGAAAAUCGGCUGGGAUCAACUUCUUCGGAUACGAAGUCAAGUUUUCGUUAUGGAGGAGGAAUACCGCCACGAAAAGCAGAAUUUCACGCAGCACCACUCGCAGAAUGCCAGUACUACCGCUCUUCGGUCUCCAAGCCAGGGUUCCAGGAUGAAUGGCGAGACUAACGGCGAAACCCAUGGAGAGCCAGAAGAGACAUCUGACUCGGACGAACCCGCGAAUGAAGAUUCUUCGCCUGCAACAGUUGCUGAGGAAGCCAUAGAAAAACCGUCUCACACUGUCGCUUCCGAAGUAGUGAAAGCUGGUUCGGACGACCCGAAUACUAAUACCAGUGAUUCGUCUGACCCUUCCCAACCGAACUACACUCAUUUCCAGAACAAGCGUCUGUGCGAGCGAUGGCUUGAUAACCUUUUCAUGGUUCUUUACGAGGACUUGCGAGUGUACACCAUCUGGCAAACCGAAAUGGCACAAUACCGUUCACAACAGCUUCUGUACAAGAAGAGCGCCGAGGAAUGGGAGAUUCUGGGAGAGCUGGCAGAAAGGCUACAUCAUGAAGAUCAAGCAGCAGUGGCAUAUGAGAACUGUCUUAAGAUGAAGUUCAGUCCAAAGGCAAUGAGGGGUGUGCUCAAGUUGGGAGAUAAGGCAGAUGUAAGAGACGUUUGCGGAGCACUUAUAAGGCUAGUGACAUGGCAGUAUCGAUGGUAUUCUGAGUUUUCGCCCUCGCUUCUCUUCACGAUCCGCAAACUUAUCGAAGAAGAAGGUGCUGUCAAAAUUCGCAGCAUCAUUCAGGGAACUAGUUUACCUCAACAUGUGCUGGACUUGACGCACCAGUACGCAGCUCUAUGCGCCGCUUUCAGAAGCAGCGGCAGCGAUGGUUAGAAGACGCGGGCCGGUAGGAAUUUAUCGAUUAGGGCCAUGUGACAAUAUAAUAAUUUCUGAGACCUUCCAAGUGCACCUAGCAUCCAAUACGACAUUUGAUGUGGAGAUAAUGUGCACCAGUCGUUGUUUGGCAAAAGCGCUCAUGUACAUCUGAGCCUAAGCUACUGUGCGCAAACGCUUGUACCACAACGCAUACAACCAAAAGUUCUAGGCAGCCAAGAAUAGUUUAAAGAUUCCAUAUAUCGUCACAGGUAAUGGACAACUUUUGGUCUCGUCACAAGCAUAUAAUGCCGUGCUUGUAACUAAUUCAUUCAUUUUAUCGUCACACAAGAUCCGAGUUUCCUUCCGGUCGCCCUUAACACGCCGUCACAGAAUCUCAUUCCUUGCCACACGAAGACCCAUGAACCAUAAAGUAAAAGAGCCCCACGAUGAACACCGUCCAUGCGUAUCCUCUCCCUUCCAUUCUUUCCCCAUCCC